CAGUGAUAAGUGAAGUGAUAAACAUAAACCCCAAUUUUCAUUUCCCACACUCUCACUUCUCCGACAUGCCAAACGACGGCGUUUCGGUUCUCUUCCUCAUCGUCGUCUUCCAAUGCCUUCUCUCCGCCAAGGCUCACUCGGCGAUCCUUCUCCCGAGUCAACUCAACCGUGACUCGCCGAUCUCAUCGCCGGUGAGUUGCCCCGCGCCCGACCCCAACCUCUACUACCAGCCGGUCAUCGGAAUUGUCAGCCACCCCGGCGACGGCGCCUCCGGCCGCCUCAGCAACGCCACCGGUGGUUCGUACAUCGCCGCCUCCUACGUAAAAUUUGUGGAGGCCGCCGGCGCCAGAGUUGUUCCCCUAAUCUAUAACGAGCCACCGGAGAAGCUUCUCAAGAAGCUCGAAUUGGUAAAUGGGGUUCUCUUCACUGGUGGAUGGGCUAAAAGUGGUUUAUAUUUUGAAACUAUCGGAAAAAUAUUUGAGAAAAUUUUAGAGAAAAAUGAUGCCGGACACCAUUUCCCACUUUAUGCUGUCUGCUUAGGUUUCGAACUUCUAUCAAUGAUCGUAAGCAAGGACAAUAAUAUUCUUGAAGAUUUUAGUGCACUUAAUCAGGCAAGAACUCUUCAAUUUGUGGAGAAUGCAAGUAUUGAAGGAACUGUAUUUCAAAGAUUUCCUCCAGACUUGUUAAAGAAGUUGAACACAGAUUGUCUUGUCAUGCAAAAUCAUCGUUAUGGCAUAUCCCCGAGAAAGCUUCUGGAUAACCAGAAGUUAUCUAGUUUUUUCGAGAUCUUGACAACUUGCAAGGAUGAAGAUGAUAAGGUUUAUGUUUCCACAGUACGUUCUCGAAACUAUCCUGUGACUGGCUUCCAAUGGCAUCCAGAGAAAAACGCCUUUGAAUGGGGCUCAUCAAGAAUUCCCCACACGGAGGAUGCAAUUCAGAUAACUCAGUAUGUUGCAAAUUUUUUGGUCAGUGAAGCUAGGAAAUCCUUAAACAGACCAGAUGCUCAAGAAUUGCGAGACAGUCUCAUUUACAAUUACAUUCCCACUUAUGGCGGGAAGGCUGGGAAAGGAUAUGAUGAAGUCUAUAUAUUCGAGUAAGUCUAAAUGCAGGAGAAACCAACCGAUAAUGAUAGUGCAUAAGAGUCAUUAUGACUAAACGUUGUAUACCCGAGUAAAUGUCAUUGUUGUUAUGCACAACAAUGACAGUAAGAUGCUUAAUAUUGUACCAAAAGCUAUGCUUAUUUGUGAGUUGUAUCAUGUUGUUGUCCUGUCUUUGCCCUUUGCUUCUGCUAGAGUUCCAAUAUUGUAAGCUGUUUAUCUGCAGAAAAUAGGUAACUUUGUAUUACAGUGAUGUAUAUUUUAGGACUAUUUGCUGUUGAAGAUGACUUUUUCCAUGUAACUU